GUUAAAUUAAACAAUUUAUGCUAAAAUUUGAGAUAAAAGUUUAAAGAAAACGGAGUUAUAAAAUGUGUAAAUAAUGAAUUAAAAAAAGAAAAUGAGUGAUCUACUCUCUCCGUUGUCAAACGCAUACACAUGAUUGUGAAGAAAUGAUUUGUACCAAUUCUUUACACAUUGGUAGUAUAUAUAUAUAUAUAUAUAUAUAUAUAUAUAUAUAAAUCUUUUUUAUUAUUUAUAUGUGAAAUUAAGAAAUAGAAUAUUUAGAAAAUGUAAGUAUAUAUUAAUCAAAGACGUUUUAAACAAGAAAUUGCAUAAAAUUUACCAGCAAUGCGUAUUUGAUAACUAUUACAUUGAAUUUUCAAGCCAGCAACUUUUCUAAGGAAUGAAACGUCACUUGAGACAGCACGCACCAGACUGAGGAACAUUACAACCUGUUGUACUCUCGCACCUGCGCAGUCCAUACAAGUCCCUCUACAAAGUAUUGUUUUAUGGGAAAUAAACAUCUGUUAUAUUAUUUCCAUAUACAGAAUCGAUCCUUUGCACACCAUUUACGAAAUAAAGUUUCAUUUUAACAUUCAUGAAGAAAUGAUCUGUAUAGACUGUCUGAAUAUCAGCCUUAAUCGGUUACUAUUGCUCACAAUUGGUCUAUGGCCUUAUCAGCAAUCUACACUUGUUCGACUUCAAUUCUUUUUAUUUUUUGGAAUUUUAACGACUGCUAUUCUAUUUCAGGUACAUUUAUAUUUUUAAUUAUAUCAUUAUGUAACAAAUACAAUAUUAAACUUUAAUAUGUAUGUGUCCUUCUAACUGCAAAUAAAUGCACAAUGAAAAAAAUAUAUAUUGAUAGAAAGAUUAGAGUUUAUUUAUAAUAUUAUCAUUGAAAUCUUUUUGUUUACAAUUUAUUUUACAAUUAAAAUCAUAUACAUUAUAAUAAAUAUAAAGAUUAUUAAUUUCUAAAUACAUUAAUUUUUAUAUGGAUUUCUUAUAUCAUUAUGCAUUAAAAAAUGCAGUCGGUGAUUCAUGGCUAACAAUUUUUUCACCCGACAAAAAAUAGCAAUAUUAUGAAAUUUAUUGUAAAAAAUAUUUUUUGCAGUUUACAGUAUUAUUUACUUUUAAAUAUACUCUGAAUUUACUCAUUGAGGUCCUUUCCUCUGCGUUGUUUUUCGCUGUUUUGGCAAUUAAAUACUUUUCAUUUAAUUUUAAAAUCGAAAUCAUAAAAUGUUUGUUGAAACAACUGCAGCAUAUGUAUGAUGAGCUAAUUGACAAGAACGAAAUUGAUAUUAUAAAAAAGCAUGCUAGUUUUGCAAAACGUUAUGCGAUUGCGUUAAUAUUGUUAUUCAUAUUAAGCGCAUCCACUUUAAGUUUAUGCUAUUUUUGGCCGCUUAUUUCCAAUAUUCUGUUCUCUACGAAUGUGACUCAAUUACGUCCAAUCCCGAUUAUGUUUGAAUAUUUCAUCGAUCAAGAAAAAUACUCCUAUUUGAUAUUGUUCCACUUGUUCGCGGCCGUUAUCAUAGGAUCUACUGCAAUAAUAGCAACAGGAGCAAUGUUAAUAAUUUAUGAAAAGUAUGUUUGCGGAAUGUUUCAAAUAGCCAGUUAUCGAAUAACACGAGUAAUGACAUUUGAAAAUCAAGAAAAUAAAAACCUGCAAAACGAGAAUUUGAUUUGUAAAAAAAUAAUUCGUGCCGUGGAUAUGCACCGCAAAGCGAUGCAAUUUUGCGACACAUUUACAUCUACAUUUCAUGUUACGUUCUGCAUUAUGAUAGUAGUUGGAAUAACUUGCGAAAGUCUUAAUCUUUUUCUGAUUUGUCAAAUAAUAUCGUUCAAAUAUGAUACUGUAAAACUGAUCUUGAACGGAGGAUUUCUUCUCGUACCACUUAUGUACAUGAUAAUAUGCAAUUAUUGUGCGCAAGAAAUUACAGAUUAUAGUAAUGAUAUAUAUGUUGCCGCGUAUAGUAUUCAAUGGUACAUGGCUCCGAUAAAAAUACAAAAAAUAAUAAUAUUCUUAUUGCAAAGAAGUACUAAAGUAUUCCAUAUACAAGUUGGUGGAAUAUUUGUAGCGUCAUUAGAAGGUGCAGCUACGAUGUUGAGUACCGUAGUAUCAUAUUUCACUAUUCUUUACUCUGUAAAGUGAUGCAAAAUACAUUUAUUAAAAAUAGACCAAAUUAGUGUAUAAGGAUGUUAUAAUAAUAAUUAAGGCAGUUUUGUCUAUUAUCUUAAAAGAAGCAGAGUUCAAUAGAUUAGACGGGAUUGUAAAGAUUGUAAAAGUAGAAAAAUUGCGACAUGUAUAACUAUAGUUUAUAAUAACAUAUAAAAAAUAUAUUUCACCAGUAACAGAUUAUUAAUAAUAUUUAUUAUAAAUGAGUCAAUAGUUGAUAUAUCAAAAUGUAAAAAAAAACGAACUGUCUGUCACUGCUGUAAAAAAUGAAAAUAAAUAUGUUUUAUUUUGAUCUACUCUCUCCGUUGUCAAACGCAUACACAUGAUUGUGAAGAAAUGGUUUGUACCAAUUCUUUACACAUUGGUCUCAAUAAAUGUUUGUUAUUCAUA